CCAAAUAACCCAGUUCAGAAAAAAAUUCAAAGUAGUUGAAUUAUUUAAAACCAGAACAUAAAAACGAACCCAUCAUCAUGGAAGGGUUCAAAACAUUCCAAUCAAUAGCAAUAUCAGCUUAUAUUCUUGUCCUCAUUUGUUCAGUAAAAUCAGUAAAUGGACAGAUUUCUACACCAUGUUCAUUCUCAAUGAUAACUAGCUUCACUCCAUGCCUGAAUUACAUAACCGGGAGUAGCAGUAAUGGCCUGUCACCAACCACAGACUGUUGCAGCUCAUUAAAGACAAUAUUGAGCUCUGGUAUGGACUGUGCUUGUCUUCUAAUAACUGCCAGUGUCCCUAUUCAACUCCCCAUUAACCGAACUCUUGCUCUUUCCCUCCCAAGUGCUUGCAACAUCAAUGGUGUCCCAAUACAAUGCAAAUCUUCUGGUUCUCCUCUUCCAGCUUCAGGGCCUGCCAGCUUACUAGAACCCACUCCUGCUCCUGAGGCUGAUUCUCCUAGUUCAAUAGAAUCCAAAGCAACAUCAACAGAUCCAGAAUCAGAAGAGUUGAGCCCAGCAUCUUCUCCAGGCAUUGAAUCAGAAGGCCCAACAGCAACAAAUCCAGGGAUCAGACCAGUGUUGGGCCCACCAUCUUCUGCUUCUACUCUGCCUCAUCUUAUUCCAUCUUCUCUUCCACAUAUGAUCAUAGCAACGAUGAUGUAUUUGAUCAUGUUCUAUUGAUAAGUUUCUUUGUAUGAAUCAUUGUCGUAUGUUGAAAAAUGUUUGCUACAUCUCAAUAAGUCCUUACAUCUCCUAUUUUUUAUUUAUUAUUAUUUGGAAUAUUUCACUUUAUGAUUUUUUCACUUAACCUAUUAUUAUUAUUAUUACUACAGGUUUUUUGUUUAGUUUCUUCUAAUUAGAUAUGGGCAAUCU